UUUCUCCGUCUCCAAGUUGGAGAUUAUUAUAGUACAACGACAAAAUUAAAAAAAUUAAAAGUCGGUUUUUUGCUUACAUUAAAAACUACAUGUAUAUUGUCGAAACUUUGUCAUACUUUCCAGUUUUGAUCAGUUAGUCGUAGUCAGCAUGUUGCGUCGCUUCCUCAAGAAAUUCCAGUCUUCCCGAUUUCCUGGUCUUAUCGUGGUUGAGGGGGUGCGACCUGCUCGUUCUCCUACUCUUAUCAUUGGUCAGUCAUCCCCCUUGGUCGCUGCUGGGUCACCGUUUGCUAUUGCAGUGCGUACAUUUUCAGUCAGUUGCUCCGACAGAAAGAGUUUCAAACAUAAGCCGGAACGACCUAAAUUAAAAAUCCACACGCCCGAGGAACUGUUUGGUGAGCCGAAGGGAUGGAUGAACGUGCCUCCAGGGGGAUAUUUUUUACUGAUUAUACCGGUGUCUACACUACUGCUUGGAAUUUGGCAAGUGUUCCGGUGGAGAUGGAAGUUGAAAGUUAUUGAAGAGAUGGAAAAGGUCGUGCGUGCUACUCCUAUGGAUUUUCCGGUGGAAAAUUUGGAUUCAUUAAACAGUAUGGAAUAUACUAAAGUCAAGCUCAGAGGUAGAUUCGAAUAUGAUAAUGAGGUGCUCAUGGGUCCGAGACAGUUGUUCAACUACAGUGUCGAUAUUAAGCCGACUAGUUCGGGGUUUAUGGGACCUGGCUCGUCCCCGACGGGAUAUCAUGUUAUCACUCCUUUUCGCGUAGAAGGACAGAACUUCUCAAUCCUUGUUAAUCGAGGCUGGAUAUCGGAUCGUAUUAUUCGAAAAUAUAAAUCCACGGAAGACAAUAUUGAAAUUGUUGGGGUCGUUAGGAAGGAGGAGAAACGUCAGCCGUUUAUGCCAAAGGACGAUGGGAUGACAAGUUUUCACAUUUUCAGAGACGUAACUCGAAUGGCUGACAAACUAAAAACUGAGCAUGUCUUCAUUGAUCUCGAAUCCAUUGCUGGAAUGGACCUUUCAUCCGCCCGACUCGACAAUCUCCCUGUUCCAGGACAAACUCGUGUGACUUUAAGGAACGAGCACGUCAGUUAUUUCUGCACGUGGUUUAGUUUGUCAGCUAUCACAUCCUACAUGUGGCAUCGUCGCUUCAUUUUACGGAAGCAUCUGCGAUAAUAUAAUUUUCUCGAUAUCUUGUUGCCCACAAGUGUUUAUAUAAACUUAGUAGUUAAUCCAAAUUACGUCAAUAAGAAGUCAUCUAAUCAAAUGUCUCUGGUCACCGUGUAGAAAAUCUCCCGUAAUGAAUAUAAAGUGCACAUUCAUUACUUCCAGACCGUCGUUCAUAUACAGCUCAAAAAUCAAUAAUUUAAUUAGUAAAUACUAUCACGCAAAAAAUAAGACUGUCCUGUUCAAUAAAGUCCAACUUUAGUUUUAACACAAAAUA